AAUGGAAUCUAUGGGGCACAGAUCUAUGGGGCUGCCCCACUUGCCGCGGGCCCAGGCGCUGCUGCUGGCGGCACUUGUGGGGCUGGGGCCGCUGCUGUGGGGCAGGGGGGACCCGCACAGCGUGCUGGGCUCGCCCCACAACCUGCUGGAGGCCCGCCUGACAAACUCCGCCCCCGCCUGGACCUGGCUCCUGAUUGGCUCCCUGCUCGUCGCCUCCCAUCCCUGGCUCCGCCCCCCUUUUGGCUCCGCCCUCCGCGCUCUGCUCCGAGUGGGCGUGGCCUGGGCCUUGCACCGGAUUGGCCACGCCCUCGGCCACGCCCUCGAGGCCGCCCUGGGCCAAUGCUGGGGCUCCUCCCCCUUGGGGGCGGUGCUUGUGCCCAUCGAGCAGCCAAUGGCGUGCCGGGGGGCGGGGCAUCGCUGGGAAGGGUUUAGCCCCGCCCCCCAAGCGAUGACGUUGACGUUCUGCGCCUUCGGAUUGGCCGAGGAGGCGGCGGCGCUGGGGCGGAGCCUCUACGGGGGGCGGGGCAAGAUGGCG